AUGUCAUACUUGGCAGGCAUCCGUAAAAUUGGUGGGGCAGGAGGAUCUCCCUUUGAUUUUAAUGGUAUUAGAAAUGGAGCCACACUGAAAAAGAUCUGGGUGUGGGCCGGCGGCUGGCAGAUAAAAGCCAUCAAGGUUUGGCUUAAUGAUGACCAGUCCAAGCAGUUUGGAGAACCUGCAGGGAAGUUUUCAGAAUUUACAUUUGAAGAUGGAGAGCAUUUCACCUCCCUUUCACUUUGGGGAAAUGGAGCUGGAACACGUCUGGGUGCCAUCAAAUUCAAGACAAAUCACUCCCGUGAGUUUUUUCCACAGAUGACAGACUGGGGUCUGAAAACAGAAUAUCCAGUUGAUGUGGGUUCUGGGAUCUGUGUUGGAAUCAAAGGACGUGCUGGUACAGAUGUUGAUUGCUUAGGCUUCAUGUUCAUCAACACCAUCAAGUCUACUAAGCUAACAGAUGUUCGGUAUCCCACACUUCAUGAUGUGAUACCCAGUGUGGUUUUUGAAGAAAUGAAAUCCAUGACUUUCCAAAAUAAGUCUACACAAACUCAAGAAUCUAAAAUUGAAACCUCCAAAAAAAUUAUCAAAAAGUCCUCCUGGUCUGUUACCAACAAGCUUGAAGAGACAUUCAGCCUGGAUGUGAAGGCAGGAGUUCCCGGGAUUGUGGAAGUAUCAAGUGGAUAUCGCUACACAGAAGGAACUGAGAGCUCACAAAGUUUAGAGAAUACUGUAGAGACAACUGAACUGUACUCGUUUCAGGUCAAAGUCCCUCCAGGGAAAACCUUGGAUGUGCAUAUCACAAUUGGCCGGGCUACAGUUGAUCUCCCCUACACUGGCACAGUCCAGAUUACCUGCAAUAAUGGCAGUGUGCUGCAGUUUAAAACCAGUGGAAGCUACCAAGGGGUCACUUACACUGAUGCAAAAGUAAAUGUGAAUGAAUCCACAAAAAAGCUUGCUGAGGAGCCAGAGGCUGAGAGUGAAUUGAUUUGUGAAACAUUUUAA